AUGCGUGGUGUCCAGAUCUUUUCGGGGAAUUCCCACCCCGCUCUCGCAGAUACUAUCUGCGAGAGGUUAGGCACAGUGCCUGCUAAAGCUAACUUGGGAAAAUUCGCCAAUGGCGAGACCAGUGUCAACAUCGGUACCUCAGUGCGGAACCAGGAUGUCUACAUCGUUCAAAGUGGCAGUGAAAAAAUUAACGACAGUGUAAUGGAGCUUUUGAUUAUGAUCUCAGCUUGCAAGGGUGGCUCAGCCAAGUCGAUUACAGCGGUCAUGCCAUAUUUCCCCUACUCGCGCCAAUCUAAGAAGAAGAGUCAUCGUGGUGCCAUCACGGCCCGCAUGCUCGCCAAUCUCCUCACGAUCGCCGGCGUGGACCAUGUGAUUACCAUGGACCUGCACGCAUCCCAGAUGCAAGGGUUCUUUGGAAAGCCGGUCGACAACCUCUUUGCCGAACCGUUCAUCGCGCGCUGGAUCCGGAUGAAUGUCGCUGGCUGGAAAGACGCCGUCGUGGUGAGCAAGAACGCAGGCGGUACCAAGCGAGUCACAUCGCUGGCCGAUACUCUCAAGCUCAACUUCGGAAUCGUGACGACAGAUCGUCGUCGGCCGAAGGUCCCUGUGGCCACCAUGUCUGACAGCACAGUCUUCUUCGAUGCCAUCUCAAAGAACACCUGCUACCCCCCUAUUCCGGAAGUGCCGGAGCCGGUCACUCCUCCACCGGAGCAGCUCCUGCGUCCCGAGACCCCACCUGCAGCUCGCCGCCCAUCGGAGCUGGAAGCAGCUUAUGAGUACACCGAUGUGCGUGUCCGGGAUGUCAUCACCGGGCGUCUGGUGCAAGGCCAAUUGGUUGACGAUGACUAUCGCUCCAAUGAAGACUCACAUUCCGGUGACACCACGCCGGGGGCAGGAAGCAACCACGACGAGGCCAUCCCGGAUGCCAUGUUCAACUCAAUGAUUUCCAACGCCUCGUCACAGCCUCCUGAUCACGCGCUUGGUGGCUCCUUUGAUGCAGUGGAGUCUGACGACGAAGCUAGUGUUUGCGCUGGACACGCCGACGAGCGGACCAUCACGCUGGUUGGCGAGGUGCGCGACCGACCCGUUUUCAUUGUUGAUGACAUGAUUGACAAGAGUGGGUCGUGGAUUGCCGCUGCAGAGACUGUUGUGAAGCGUGGCGGCGCCAGCAAGGUUUACUGUAUCGCUACCCACGGACUCUUUACAGAAGAGUCACUGGACCAGAUGGAGGCCUGCCAGUCCAUCGACAACAUCGUCGUGACCAACACCUUCCCGAUCUCACCACUGUUGCUACGGCGAUCCAAAAAGCUGAUUGUGAUUGACGUGUCUAGCUUAUUGGCAGAGAGUAUCCGGAGGCACCAUUACGGCGAAAGUGUCUCGGCCCUCUUUCACCUUAACGACUGA